GUACUCGGGAGCUCCCUUACUAGUCCCACAUUGUACCUCUUUUGUUGUGACGUCUUCAGUUAUCUUACCUUCUUUGAUGCGGGGCAACCAAAAGUUCGUCAGUCAUUCCACCAGCUUCUCCAGUUACUGCCGCAUUCUGCUUCAUCUCCCCCUCAGUUUCUCAUCUCCUCUCCUUCCUGCCCCCCAAGUAUUGCCCAUAAGGUAGUUUCGUCUCUUUGUCCUGUUAUUGUACCAACUUGAACAAAGGUCAAGGAGAAGAGGACAUCAUGAGCGUCAAGACCGUCGAGUUCUCUCCUUUCCAGGACCAGAAGCCUGGCACUUCGGGCCUGCGCAAGAAGGUCGCCGUUUUCCAGAAACCCCAUUACAGCGAGUCUUUCAUCGCCAGUGUCCUCCUAGCCAUUCCUGAGGGCGCCGAGGGCUCCUUCCUGGUCAUUGGCGGCGAUGGCCGCUAUUGGAACCCCGAAGUCGUUCAACUGAUUGCCAAGAUGGGCGCCGCCUACGGUGUCAAGAAGCUCAUUAUCGGCCAGAACGGUAUCCUGUCCACCCCGGCCGCCAGCCAUGUCAUUCGCAAGCGCAAGGCCACCGGCGGCAUCCUCUUGACCGCUAGCCAUAACCCUGGCGGUCCCACGAACGAUUUUGGCGUCAAGUACAACCUUUCCAAUGGAGGCCCUGCCCCCGAGUCUGUCACCAACAAGAUGUAUGAAAUAUCCAAGACCCUCACCUCUUACAAGAUCUCCGACAUUCCCGAGGUCGACCUCUCCACCAUUGGCACUCGCACCUACGGCGAACUCGAGGUCGAAAUCAUCGACAGCACUGCGGACUAUGUCCAGAUGCUCAAGGAAAUCUUCGACUUCGAUCUCAUCAAGAAGUUCUUCUCCACCCACCCGGACUUCAAGGUGCUGUUUGACGCCCUGCACGGUGUCACCGGCCCCUAUGGCGUCGCCAUCUUCGAGCACGAGCUCGGUCUCGCCGGUUCCACUCAGAACUGUGUUCCUAGCCCAGACUUCAACGGAGGCCACCCGGAUCCCAACAUGACCUAUGCCCACUCGCUCGUAGAGGCCGUCGAUAAGAACAAUAUUCCCUUCGGUGCUGCCUCAGACGGCGACGGCGACCGCAACAUGAUCUACGGCGCUAACGCCUUCGUCUCCCCCGGAGACUCCCUCGCCAUCAUCGCCCACCACGCUCACCUCAUCCCGUACUUCAAGAAGCAGGGCGUCUACGGCCUCGCCCGCUCCAUGCCCACCUCUGGUGCCGUUGAUCUCGUCGCAAAGACGCAGGGUCUGAAUUGUUACGAGGUCCCCACCGGCUGGAAGUUCUUCUGCGCCCUAUUCGACGCCGACAAGCUUUCCAUCUGCGGUGAAGAGAGCUUCGGCACCGGCAGCAACCACAUCCGCGAGAAGGACGGCCUCUGGGCGAUCAUCGCCUGGCUCAACAUCAUUGCCGGCGUCGGCCUCCAGAACCCCGGCGUGAAGCCGUCCAUCAAGAAGAUCCAGCACGACUUUUGGACCGAGUACGGCCGCACCUUCUUCACCCGCUACGACUACGAGAACGUCGACUCGGACGGCGCUGCCAAGGUCGUCAACGUCCUCAAGGACCUUGUCGCCGACCCGUCUUUCGUAGGCAGCAAGAUCGGCGACCGCACUGUCACCGACGCCGGCAACUUCUCCUAUACCGACCUCGACGGCUCCGUUUCCUCUAACCAGGGUCUCUACGCCCGCUUCUCCACCGGCAGCCGCAUCGUUGUCCGUCUCUCCGGCACCGGCUCCUCCGGCGCCACCAUCCGCCUCUACAUCGAGCAGUACAGCGACGACCCGUCCACCUAUGACCUCGAUGCUCAGGAGUUCCUGGCUCCCGAGAUCAAGUUUGCCACUGACCUGCUCAAAUUCAAGGAGUUUGUCGGCCGCGAUGAGCCGGACGUCAAGACUUGAAAAUGUUUUUGAGAGGGUAGAAUGAAGGACGCAAGGAGGAGGAAGCUUGUGGGGGGGGAAGCAAUUGGCGCAAAAAAGGGGUUACAUGACGAGGCGACGAUCAGUUGCGACGAAUUGAACGGAUAAUUUUCAGAAACCAAAGCCAUAGAAUUUGUCUUAAUGAGCAUGCCAAUCUUUGCUUCCAACUACUUUAUGCCGACCCAGGUUGCACUUUGAAAUCAACAAGUCAGCCUGCCUGCCAAUGGGAUUUUCAACAUUCGAUAAAAAUGCCUUUCUUUGAGAAGAGGGGUUUGGGAACCAUGGAACGACAAAGGGGGCAAGGCAGACGAAAGAUCAAGAGCAACAAAGAAGGAGAGAAAGAC